AUGGCAACAAAAGUUAUAGAAGGUUUCCGGAGAAUAGCUGGUUUUGCAAAUGUGUUUGGAUGCUUAGAUUGUACACAAAUCAGAAUAAGUACGCCACAUGAGAAUGAAGCCGACUAUGUGAACAGGAAAGGUUUCCACAAUGGUGAUGUUAACGGUAUUCUACUAGGAGACUCUGGGUAUCCACUCACAAAAUAUUUAUUAACUCCCUAUUUGACGCCUCGUGACCCAUCUGAAGAGAGAUCCAACUCAAGUCUUUGCAGAACACGGGUUGUGAUUGAACAAACUUUUGGAAUUCUAAAGAGAAAAUUCCAGGCAUUGCAUUUCGGUCUUCGGACAAUACCUGACCAGGCAGUCACAUACGUUACAGCAUGUUGUAUACUUCAGAACAUUGGUGUGGAGAGAAAGGACACCAUGAUCAGCAGUGACAGCAAAGACUUGAAUAUUGCGGAGCCCCACGUAGUCGCUACGAGGUCGACAAUGGUUUUCGAGGGGUGA